GUGAAUCCCGCUCCCAACACGGAGGACGACGAGAGAAUCUAUCCGGACGAAGCUAUUCCAAACAAGCAUCUAACCCCAUUGCUAGCUCUUCCGCCUCAAGUUCCAACACUAAAUAUAAACCUCAGGACCAGGACUCACGCAAACCAAAGACCCGUUGUGAUUGGUGUGGUCAUUUCCACCCAAUGCCUUGCCUCUACAAGAACCCUGAGAAAGCCUCUGAGCAUUGGCGCCGAGCCAAUAAAAAUACUAUUGAAGCUAUUCGUGCUUUACACACUGCUAAAGAAUCUUCCACUGCUUCAUUCUCUGAAGCAGAAACCAAUGAACUGGUACCAUGGACUUCUUCAGCUGCAAAAACAGCCAUUGCUAAAUCAGCCCAAUCUCUCCAAGCUUCAUGGUAUCUUGAUAGCUGUGCUUCAUUCCAUGUUACACCCCAUCAAGCUUUCUUCACGUCCUAUAAAACAUUGAGAAAGGAGGACCUUACUCCAGCGGAUUAUAUUGAAGAUGCUCAAGGGAAGAUUUCCAAACCUCAUGGUAUUGGCACCGUCGUCAUUGAUAUUGGAACCGGAUCCUUGAUCCUUAGGGAUGUACGACAUGUUCCAUCCUUCAAUUCCAACUUAAUCUCCAUGGGAAUGCUUCUCAAACAAGGUUUUCGUAUCGAAUUCCCUUCCAGCUCUCAAGUAGCACAAAUCACAACCUCUUCUGGUGCAGAAUUUGAAGCCAUUUUGAAUACCAACAAUGUAUUCAUCCUAUCAGAUUGCAUUUCUCCCGACGAGAGCUCCUAUGCCUUUGUCACCACCCGGUCUGGCAAAGAGGCCAACCGACCAGGGGACCCUCCCAGAAAGAAACCUACAACAUCCCCAAAGACUAAGAGCUCCAAAACAGCUCUACCAAUUAUGACAUGGCAUCGCCGUCUAUGCCAUUUAAACCAGCAGGAUCUUUUACGCCUUGCCGCAGAUCCUACAUCAGACAUUGAAAUCAAAGGUUCCAAAGAACUACCACUUUGUGAAGCCUGCAUCCAGGGCAAGCAAACUCGCCAAUACAGCAAAACACCAAGAUCCCGUAUGACUGCACCACUAGCCCGAGUCCACAUAGACCUUGCUGGUGGCGGCCGAACACUAGAUAUAGAGAAGCUAGAUAUGCCUCUACCUUCACGUACAGGAGCCAAAUAUGUGAUGCUUAUUACUGAUGACGCUACACGUUACCGUUGGGUCCACUACCUAACUGAAAGAUCUGCUGCAAUUGAUGCAUUUCGGGGUUGGCUACAACAGAUGAAGAAUCACCAUUUCCCUGCCCCAGCCUAUAUUGUCUCUGACAAUGAAUUCUGUUCAGCUGAAUGGCAGAAAACCUACCGUCAGGAAGGCAUUGAAUGGCAACCAAGUUCUCCAUAUUCCCCUUGGCAAAACGGUGUCAGUGAGCGCAGCAUACGCAUACUCUUUGACCGUGCCCGGACAUUAAUGCUUGACGCUCCCCAUAUACCACAGCGAUUUUGGGUUGAUGCUUUAAAAUAUGCAUCAGAUAUAACAAACCGCCUCCCAACAUCCACAGUCCUAUUCAAUUCACCUAUCCCUGGGGGGGUCAAUACCAACACCAAAAUCAGCCCAAGCCCAUAUAAAUCGCCUCUGGCUGCCUGGACCAACUCACCAACUAGUAUCAACAAAUACCGACGUUGGGGCUGCCCUGUCUGGGUUCAUCGACAUGGCUCAGAUAAGCCUAUAAACAAGUUCGAUUCCCAUUCUAAAUGCUGCUUCAUGAUCGGCCAAAUCAGUAGCCAACAAUACAGAGUGUGGGACCCUAAAACAGACGCCAUUUUUUCAACCAAUGACACUAUAUUUGAUGAAGAAUAUGAGGAUCCCACAACUACACCUCCACAAGCUACUGUUCCUGAAGAUCCAAGUACUCCUAAUAAAGAAGAUACAAACCAACCCGUUGAAGAUGAAGACCAGGAAAUAUGGCUUCGACCCGCCAAAGGCAUGUCCCUAGCCUAUCUCACCGCUUCAACCACUCCUUCAUCUGAAGAUGACACGCCUACUUCCUAUAAGCAGGCUAUAUCUCAUCCUGAUGCCACCAAGUGGCAAGCAGCCAUGCAAAAAGAAGUCAACCAACUCAAAGAAAAAGGCUGCUGGCAACUUAUCCGCCGCUCUGACCUACCACCAGGGACCAAGGUCAUCCCUGGCCGGUGGGUAUACAAAAAGAAAGAAAUCCCUGGUACCCCUAUUACAAGGGACUACCAAGCUAAAGCUCGCUGGGUGAUCCGUGGAAAUCUACUUGACAAGGACUUCAUGGAAUCAUACGCCCCAGUGGUAGAUGAAAAUACCACUAGAACCCUUACAGCACUGGCCACUCUACUUGGCUGGCAUACUCGAAAGGCAGAUGCCAUCCUUGCUUUCCUAAAUGGAAAAAUGCCCACAGAUAAACGUGUCUUUAUGACCCAAGUUCAGGGAUUCAAAGAAGGCUCUGGAGACCUGGUUUGUGAACUCCGCCAGUCCCUCUAUGGACUAAUCCCAUCUGCCCGUAUCUGGUAUGAUACACUAAAUGCUUUCUUACGACAAAUUGGCUUCAAAAGCUCCGAAUACGACUCUGGUCUCUGGAUCCAUACCACCCAGACCCAACUCUAUGUGACUACCCAUGUGGAUGACUUCAAAGUCUAUGCUAAGCAUGAGAACGAUGCCACUUGGUUUAUGGAGUCUCUUUCUGCUAAAUUUGACAUAAAAGAAGUUGGAAACUCUACCAAAUACCUUGGCAUGGCCACCUCUCAAUCCAAGACCACAUAUACUCUCUCCCAGGCCAAUUAUGCUGAAGACGUGGUUGCCUCUUUUGGCCAAGCACAAGCACACCCUGUUGGGAUCCCCAUGGAUCCUAGUUUAAUAAUUGAUGAUGACCCAGACCCUACAGUGAACAUCAAAGAAUAUCAACGUGGUGUAGGCUGCCUUACUUGGCUAGCCACCAAAACCCGACCUGAUCUUAGCCGGACAGUUGGCGUACUAUCCCAAUAUCACGCCAAACCUACCCAAAAGGCAUGGCGUGCCCUUAUACACGCUAUACGCUACCUUAAAGGCUCCAUUAACCGACAAAUUACCUACCAUAAGGCCACGGAACCCAUUACAUCUGACCUCCUCAUGCCCAGAUGUUAUACUGAUUCUGAUUGGGGUGGUCAACUGACAGGCAAUCGCCGGUCAGUAUCUGGAUAUAUAUUUCUGCUUGCCGGGGCCCCAAUUGCCUGGAAAAGCCGCAAGCAAACGUCCGUUGCACUUAGCUCCAACGAAGCUGAGUAUAUGGCUCUAAGUGAAGCCAGCCGAGAUGCCCUUUGGCUCCGGAACCUCAUCAACGAGCUCAACGUGCUCCCUACUGAAUGCCCGCCAAUUACUCUCUAUAUCGAUAAUCAAGGUGCACACGCCAUGGCUGAAGCUGAGCUCACCACCAAGAGAUCCAAACACAUCGAUAUACGUUACCAUUACGUUCGGGAGAAGAUCCAAGACGGUAUUGUUAAACUCCAGGCCUGCCCUACCAAAGAACAAGCAGCAGACGGCCUGACCAAACCUCUCCGAACUGAACAAUUUGAUCAUUUCCUACAACUCACUGGCAUAAGCUAAGCCGCGUAUAUCUCCCCCAUUUUGGAUAUAUUUUCUAUUUUGAUAUACGGCAUUCGAUUGGCUAAAGCAGAACCUUCAUUCCUCUGUUUAUUUUUGCAUAUAUUCACUCAUUUGAAGGCCCGAAUAGAGGCCGAUUUCUGUAUUUAGAUUGAUUCCAUAGUUUGUAGGCUGCUCGUGCGUGGGGGGGUGUUAGUACACGUGAGGUUCUGCCGUCCUAGACCGCCCUCGCUACCUAUCUCACGGCACAGGCAGGCCUACCUAGUAAUACGACCAUACAUGCGCC